AAACUUGUUUUUUUUGCUGGCCAAACUGUACUAAAAUAAUUUGCCAACCCAUUUACAUUGUUGUAUUUAGGAGCAGAGAGGAUCGAAAGAAAGAUGACCGUUCUCGUAAAAGGGAGUAUGAUAGGAACUUGCCUCGGCGAGAUUCCUAUAGAGACCGAUACAACAGGAGGAGAGGAAGAAGUCGUAGCUAUAGCAGAAGCCGUAGCCGCAGCUGGAGUAAAGAGAGGCAGCGCGAUAGAGACAGAGAAAGAAGUCGUAGCAGAAGUCGGAGUCGAACAAGAAGUAGAGAUCGAGAUUCUGUUAAGCCAAAGUAUGACCUUGAUAGAGUCGAGCCAUUAGAUAACAAUUACCCUACAGGUUCUUCAGUGCCCCACAUUGGAUCUGCUCAUUUUCCUGUUCCCACUCUAAGCAGCACUAUUACAGUUAUUGCACCAUCACAUCACGGAAAUAAUACAGCUGAAAACUGGCCAGAAUUUCAUGAAGAUCAAGUGGACCAUAACACUUACGGCAGACCUCCAAUGCCUAAGAAGCGGUGCAGAGAUUAUGAUGAAAAGGGAUUCUGCAUGAGAGGUGACAUGUGUCCUUUUGAUCAUGGUAGCGAUCCUGUAGUUGUUGAAGAUGUUAACCUGCCUGGAAUACUGCCAUUCCCAGCACAACCCCCUGUUGUAGAUGGACCACCCCCUCCAGGCAUUCCUCCCCCACCUUCACUUUUAACACCACCACCAGUAAAUCUUCGACCUCCAGUCCCACCUCCUGGACCUCUUCCACCCAGCCUUCCACCAGUCACAGGGCCACCACCUCCUCUUCCACCUUUACAGCCUGCUGGUAUGGAUGCUCCUCCAAAUUCUGCGACCAGUUCAGUUCCUACUGUUGUGACUACUGGCAUUCAUCACCCUCCUCCCCCUGGAGCUCCACCAUCUCUCUUUUCAUCUGCACCUGCAUCUGGACCUAUUCCCUUGUUUCCAGAAACGUAUGAAGCUGAUGGUUACAAUCCAGAAGCACCUAGUAUAACAAAUACUUCCAGACCUAUGUACAGACAUCGUGUACAUGCUCAGCGGCCUAAUUUAAUAGGCUUAACCUCUGGAGACAUGGAUUUGCCCCCACGAGGUAUAGCAUAACAUAUUUUGGAAAAA